CAGGGAGUGCCCAGCACAGACAGCGAACCAGAAGCCAGGCCGAGAGCUGCCUUCCACAGUGUCUUCUGUCUGUCUGCCAGGAGGAGCAAACCAAGGGAGAUGAUGGAGCCCAACGAAUACCGAGCUAGAGGAAAAGAGAUGGUGGAUUAUAUCUGCCAGUACCUGACCACAGUGCGGGAGAGGCAGGUGACUCCCAAUGUGCAGCCUGGGUACCUGCGAGCCCAGCUUCCUGUGAGCGCUCCUGAGGAACCAGACAGCUGGGACAGCAUCUUUGGGGACAUUGAACGAAUCAUCAUGCCUGGGGUGGUACACUGGCAGAGCCCCCACAUGCACGCCUACUAUCCGGCCCUUACGUCUUGGCCAUCCCUGCUGGGAGAUAUGCUGGCUGACGCCAUUAACUGCUUAGGAUUCACAUGGGCUUCUAGCCCAGCGUGCACAGAGCUGGAGAUGAGUGUCAUGGACUGGCUGGCGAACAUGCUGGGGCUGCCGGAGCACUUCCUGCACCACCAUCCCAGCAGCCAGGGGGGCGGCGUGCUGCAGAGCACCGUCAGUGAAUCCACUUUAAUCGCCCUGCUGGCAGCACGGAAGAACAAAAUCCUGGAAAUGAAAACGUCUGAGCCCGACGCGGAUGAGUCCUCUCUGAACGCUCGUCUUGUUGCCUACGCCUCUGACCAGGCUCACUCCUCAGUGGAGAAGGCUGGCUUGAUUUCCCUGGUGAAGAUCAGAUUUCUGCCCGUGGAUGACAACUUCUCACUGCGCGGCGAGGCUCUCCAGAAAGCCGUUGAGGAAGACAAGCAACAGGGCUUGGUGCCCGUGUUUGUCUGUGCAACGUUAGGAACCACCGGAGUCUGUGCAUUCGACAGGCUGUCAGAGCUGGGCCCCAUCUGUGCCAGGCAGGGGCUGUGGCUCCACGUCGAUGCUGCUUACGCGGGCACGGCCUUUCUGUGCCCCGAGCUCCGGGGAUUCCUGCAGGGCAUCGAGCAUGCCGACUCCUUCACCUUCAAUCCUUCCAAGUGGAUGAUGGUACACUUCGACUGCACUGCGUUCUGGGUCAAGGACAAGUACAAGCUGCAGCAGACCUUCAGCGUGAACCCCAUCUACCUCAGACAUGCCAACUCCGGUGCGGCCACUGACUUCAUGCACUGGCAGAUCCCUCUGAGCCGGCGCUUUCGCUCCAUUAAGCUCUGGUUCGUGAUUCGGUCCUUCGGGGUGAAGAAUCUUCAAGCCCACGUCAGACACGGUACAGAAAUGGCUAAAUACUUUGAAUCUCUGGUCAGAAAUGACCCUUUCUUUGAAAUUCCUGCCAAGAGGCACCUUGGUUUGGUGGUUUUCCGUCUUAAGGGUCCUAACUGUCUCACGGAAAGUGUCUUAAAGGAAAUAACCAAAACUGGCCAGCUCUUCCUCAUUCCUGCUACUAUCCAGGACAAGCUGAUCAUCCGUUUCACAGUGACGUCCCAGUUCACCACCAAGGAUGAUAUCCUGAGGGAUUGGAACCUCAUCCGAGAUGCUGCUCACCUGGUCCUGAGCCAGCACUGCACUUCCCAGCCGAGCCCUCGAGCCAAGAACCUAAUCCCACCGAGCAGGGCCUCCAGGGACCCAAGCACUGGGUUAUCCCUGGAGUCUGUCAACGAGGGAGGGGAUGACCCAGCUCAGGCCCGGAAGAUCAUCAAGCAGCCGCAGCAGCCGGGGGCUAGUCUGGUGAGAAGGGAAGGCGGCUGUGAUCCCCUUGACGAGUGCUUUUCGGAAGAGGAGGCCCCGGAUGCCACCAAGCACAAGCUGUCUUCCUUCCUGUUCAGUUACCUGUCGGUGCAGAACAAGAAGAAGACUGUGAGGUCCCUCAGCUGCAACAGCGUGCCCGUGAGCGCUCAGAAGUCGCUCCCCACAGACGGUGCAAUGAAGAACGGGGGCUCCUUCCGGGCCAGGAUCUUUUCCGGGUUUUCCGAAGAAAUGAUGAUGAUGAAGAAGAGCGCCUUCAAAAAGCUGAUCAAGUUCUACAGCGUGCCCAGCUUUCCCGAAUGCAGCUCUCAGUGUGCCCUCCAGCUGCCCUGCUGCCCUCUGCAGGCCAUAGUGUAGACGGGAGUCUUCGGUCAGAAUGCCAAGAUGUGCUUCAGGGAGUUUGUGAACCCCUCAGAAUUGUGUGCAGCUUGUGUGCUUAUGUGUGUGUGUGUGCAUCUUGAGCGGAGCAGGUCCAUACUUUGGAUCAUAGCCUCACAGGGGCGUCCAUGACCUACAAUGGACUGUAAUGGGGGAGUUUAAGCCCCCGGGCUCCAGAGGGUUGCAGGGGCCUGUUGGCUAGAAGGGGCUGAGACAGUGAGCGCUGCCCUGUUAAGCUUGUAAUGUGAAAUGCGUCCUAGAAAUAAAUCGUGCUUAUAU